AUGGAUAUGACAGAGGCUGGUUCCCAACGAAAACUUCAAUUGCAAGAGCUUGAGGAAUUGAGAUUGGAAGCAUACGAGAACUCCAGAAUUUACAAGGAAAAAACUAAGGCUGCUCAUGACAAAUUCAUCAUCAAGAAAGAGUUCGAAGUUGGCCAAAAAGUCCUCCUAUACAACUCCCGUCUAAAACUAAUGCCAGUUGAGCUUAUGGAUGAGUCAACCGCAAGGCGAUUCACAAAAGUGUCCAAAGUCAUGGAUAAAAGCUGGAUGUCUGCCAAAAAAUGGUCUGAGGUUUAUGUGCAUGGAGUUCAGUCUUUCAUGAAAUUUGUUAGAGAUAAUAUGGGUCAAGAUUGUGAAAUUCGAUGUCCUUGUGAAAAUUGUUUAAACUUAGACAAAAGAAGCCAAAAAGAAGUACUUAGACAUCUCCUAGAGCGAGGUAUAGACAGAGAUUAUAUUCGGUGGAUCUAUCAUGGGGAACGCUCUGAGUAUAAAAUUCCUGAUAGUGUUCAUGAUGAUGAAAUGACAUAUGAGCAAGAUGAUGGAGUGGAAGAUAUGCUAGCUGACUUAGGAAAUUUUACUGAAAACAAUCUUAGAAGUGAUGUUGACGGUGAUUUUAUUAAUAGAGGCCUUGAAAACUUUGAGCAAAUAUUAAAUGAAUCUCAACAAGAAUUAUAUCCAGGUUGCUCUAAAGCAUCAAAACUCUCUUUCAUCAUUAUGAUUCUCCAUUUGAAGGUAUUCAAUAAAUGGAGCAAGAAAUCAGUAGACAUGUUGUUAGCAUAUUUGAAAAGCAUAUUUCCUGACGGUGAGGUGCUUCCAAAUUUUGAAUAUGAAGCAAAAAAAGUCUUACAAGACUUAGGAUUAGGAUAUGUUCCUAUUCAUGCAUGUAAGUAUGAUUGUGCACUAUUUUGGAAAGAGUUUCAAAAUCAACAAGAAUGUCCAGUUUGUGGUACCUCUAGAUGGAAGCUUAAUGAUGCUAAAGGAAAAAAGAUACCACAUAAGAUACUGCAAUACUUUCCAUUGAAACCAAGGCUCCAACGAUUAUUUAUGUCAAGCAAGACAGCUACAGAUAUGAGGUGGCACAAGAAUAAUUGGAUUGAUGAUAAGAAUUUGUUGAGACAUCCGUCUGACUCAAAAGCUUGGAAGGAAUUGGAUAAGGAGUAUCCAUGGUUUGCUGAGGAUCCUCGCAAUGUUAGGUUAGGCUUAGCAACUGAUGGUUUCAAUCCUUUUGGUAAUAUGAGUAACUCUUAUAGCAUGUGGCCAGUAAUCCUUAUUCCAUAUAACUUACCUCCUUGGAAAUGCAUGAAAGAGUCAUUUUUUAUGAUGUCCUUACUUAUUCCUGGACCUCAAGCCCCUGGAAAGGACAUUGAUGUCUACAUGCAACCAUUGAUAGAUGAAUUAAAAGAGUUGUGGGCCAAUGAUGUAUUAACAUAUGAUGCUGCUUCUAGAAAAAAUUUCCAAAUGCAUGCUGCUUUGUUAUGGACCAUUAAUGACUUCCUUGCAUAUGGGAAUUUGUCAGGAUGGAGCACCAAGGGUUACUUAGCAUGCCCUGUUUGUAACAAGCAUACAUAUUCUCAAAAAUUGAGAAGCAAAAUAUGUUAUAUGGGUCAUCGCCGAUACUUGCCACGUGACCACUGUUGGAGGAAAAGUAGGAAAUUUGAUGGCAAGGCAGAAUAUGGAAUGGCACAUAAGGAUUUGUCUGGUGAAGAUGUGCUACAUCAGCUAGAAUCAAUCAAUGUCACACUAGGAAAGCAUCCAACUAAUAAAAAAAGGAAGCGUAAUCCUGAAGAAUUGAAUUGGACUAAAAGAAGGAAAACAAAAGAUACACUGAAGGCAAGAAAAGAUUUGGAGGACAUGAAAAUUAGGAAAGAAUUACACUUGAAGAAGAGAGAUGAUGGAUCAUAUAUAAUACCACCAGCUUGUUAUACGCUUUCCAAGGAAGAAAAACAGAAAUUUUGUGAAUUUUUAAAGUCAGUAAAAUUUCCAGACAACUAUGCUUCUAACAUUUCUCGAUGUGCUAAUGUGAGUGAUGGCAAGAUAUCAGGUUUGAAAAGCCACGAUUGUCAUGUUCUAUUGCAACGUUUGCUACCUUGUGGAAUACGUGGAUGUUUGAGUAAGGAUGUGUCUAAUGUAUUGGUUGAACUAGGAGAUUUCUUUAAAAGAAUCUGUUGUAAGACAUUGAAGAUAGAUGAACUAGAGACCAUGCAGCAAGAGAUUACAUUGAUACUUUGCAAGCUUGAAAUGAUUUUUCCUCCGGCCUUUUUUGACAUAAUGGUACAUUUGGCAAUUCACCUCCCAAAUGAAUCCAUCCUCGGUGGACCAAUUCAAUAUCGAUGGAUGUUCCCAAUUGAAAGAUUCUUGGGGACUCUAAAGAGUUAUGUAAGAAAUAGAGCAUGUCCUGAAUGUUCUAUUGCAGAAGCUUACAUUGUGAAUGAAUGCUUGACAUUUUGUUCAAUGUAUUUGCAAGGAAUUGAGACUAAAUUUAAUCAGGAAGAAAGAAAUUUUGAUGUGGCUGAGAAUUGUGGGUUGCCUAUUUUCUCACAAAGAUUUAGGCCAAUUGGAGGAGAAAUAUAUGGUGGUCUAACUGAGAAAGAGCUCAAUUUAGCUCAUUGUCUUGCAAUUAGAAUGCACAAUAGGAAGCUUGAGCAAGAAAAUGCAAUAAAUCUUGUUAAAAGCCAAAAAGAACAUUUCCCUUCAUGGUUUAGACAACAGAUAACACACUUAUACAACAUUAAAGCACCUGAAGAAACUGAGGCAUUAUAUUCAUUGGCAUGUGGACCUCAAGUUGUUAUGAAAUAUACUGGUUGUAUAAUAAAUGGGGUUAGGUUUCACGUUCAGGAGCGUGAUACUCGCCUUAGAAGUCAAAAUAGUGGGGUAGUUGUUGAAGGAAACCAUGGAGAUGAUGUCCUUAGCUUCUAUGGAGUUCUCAAAGAUAUCAUUCAAAUAGAUUACAUCAAAGAAAAACAUGUCAUCCUCUUUAAGUGUGAUUGGUUUGAUGUUAGUAAUAAAAGGUCAUGUAUACAGAAAGAUGGUAACAUAACAAGCAUCAAUGUCACAAAAAAAUGGUAUCAACAUGAUCCUUUUGUGCUAGCAUCUCAAGUGAACCAAGUUUUCUACAUCAAUGACAUGAAGUUAGGGGAAAAUUGGAAAAUUGUGCAGCGAUUUCGACAUAGACAUGUAUAUGACAUACUUGAGAAUGAAAACAUAGAUGCUGAAGAAGAUGAUGCCAAUGAUGAGGUGCGACAAGAUGGAGAAUCAUUAGAGGGUGGGGUAAUUUCAAUUGAAGAUCAUGGAAUGGCACCAUUGCUUAGAGAUGACGUCAAUCCAAGUGUAGUAGAAGCUAGUGGUGUCCACAACUUGGGAGGCAACAUGCAAAUGGAGCAAGAAUAUGAUGAUUUCAUUUUGGAUGAUGAUGAUGAAGAUGACACAGCCAGCAAUUGUAGUGACAAUGAGGAGUUGGAGCCUAUUGAUGAAUAUAGUGACCUUGAACUUUGA